GGCGUCAUGGCAUGGUUUGGCGUGCUUGUGUCGUUGUUUUCAACAUUUAAACUAGUUGCGUACGUUAUACCGUGGCGUCGCAUGCUCCAAUAAUGCCAGGUAAUGUCGCUUCAACUCACUAUCAAUCGAGUGCUCAGGAUCCAUUAAAAUGGCUAAGAAGGGACGCAAUCACAGAAAAAAGGCGAGACGGAGAGCUGACCAGGUUUCGUGCACCGAAGAUGUGAGCGUGGAUCUUUUGAAGUGGAUGACCGCAAAAGGCUUCCAACUGCACACGCAGUUGUAUGUCAAAGAAUUCCGCGAAACCGGCAGAGGGCUGGCAACGCAACAGAUGCUGUCUGCUGGCGAUCCUUUUUUAAGAUUGCCUACUUGCCUCCUGAUUACCACUGGGACAGCCUUGUCAAGCAGCUUGCAUGAUUUUGUUAUCAGGAAUCACAGGAAACUCACACCUAUUGAAGUGUUGACACUCUUUCUUAUGAAUGAAAAACUCCGAGGACAUGACUCGGAAUGGCGUUACUUCAUCAAUAGCUUGCCGACAACAUACACGACACCUGUGUACCUUGGAAGCAAGCUUCUUGCCAAACUGCCAUGCAGCGUGUUUCGCAAAGCACAGACUCAAGUGUCCAAGAUUCGAGGCACCUUUUUAAAGUUGCGGGCUUUGCUAAAGGAAAACGAAGAUGUCGACUCGCUGUUUGCUAGCCUUUCAAAGAACUUUACGUGGUGUCUGUUUGUUUGGGCUUGGUCCGCUGUCAACACGCGAUGCAUUUUUAGUGAACACAAAACUGGAAAUUUCCUUUGGGACAAUGACAAGUGUGCCCUAGCUCCAUUUUUGGACUGUUUGAACCAUCAUUGGAAGGCCAGCGUGCAAACUGCAAUUGUGGGAUCAUAUUUUGAAAUUGUAACAAAUAACAACUACCAGCCAAAUGAGCAAGUUUUCAUUAGUUAUGGCUCACACGACAACAGGAAACUGUUACUGGAGUACGGCUUUGUGCUUCCCAACAACCCAAAUGAUCUGGUCAUUAUUACAAGAGAGCACCUGUUAAAGUUGCACUCAUGGACGACACUACCGAUUCCUAAUUUUUCCUCAAAACUUUCUUUUCUGGAAGAAAGAAAUAUUUUGAGCGAGUCUUGCGGCUUUACCAUGGAAGGAAUGACAUGGAAUGGUAAAAUUGCCGUGAAAGUACUGUCUCACCCUGAGGCAUCGAGAUCGGCGUGGAACAGUUUGCUCUUUCUAUAUGGUGAAGACGAACUCGAUGAACAGGAGUGUCAGUUGGUGCUUACUUUAGUGGAAGCCAUGUUAUGCGACUACGAUGCUCCUCUACCUGAAGGCAAAGACUUGUGCUCACAGACAGUGGCUACAUUUAUCAAGGAAGAGACAAGUAUUCUCACGAAGCAGAUUGAACGCUACACGAUAUAAAUGCGUUCCCACACCUGGAUUGUUUUUGGCAAGUGGUGCUGCGCAACACGCUUUUUGUGGCGAUUAUAGAACAGGGCAACUGACUGCAAUAAUCUUCGUCUGCUACAUCAUGCGCGCAAUGUUCGCACAUGCCCCACCAGCAUACUGUUCUCCAAGACUUUCGUGAGCAUUAAAAUUGCCAUUUGUGCACAUUUGUUGCAUCACUACUGCCGUUAUUGCCAUCAGUGACAUUCCACUGUGCCACUUCACUGCUGUGUCAUCUACGACUGGGAUUCAUAGACUUCGCAAACUCAUAUUUGUUCAUAGAAAUAGCUGACUCGCCUAUAUGCGACCACAGCACAAACCUUCUCUGCUGAUGUAGCCGCCUCAACCGUUAGUGUCGAGAUUUUCAGAGCAUGACCAGCCGACAGGAUAAGGUAAAAUGUCCCUAGAGCUUGACCUCAUUCACUAAUCUAGAAAACUCCGACUGCCCUAACGACGUUCUAACGUCAAUGCACCCGAAAGGACUCUGACAGACACCCAGUGUCUUUACACUGGUGUACAUAACUCUCUUUUCUUGUGUCUUUUUUUUUCAUUUGCUAUUUAACUUAUUUUCCUGUGAAGCUUUGCCAACUGGACUUCAAUCUGGUCAACCUCCCUGCCUUUCCUUGUAUCUCUAUCCUAUGCGUAAGUGUUGCAGCUGCUGAACUUUAAUAGCAACGUAUUAUCUGAAAUUAGCUACCUCUUGUGGUCACUGCUGAAUGUACACUACUCAAUUGUAACGUAAAAAUAAACAUAAGCUCUGCCCACAAAACCACCGCGUACUUGUCCAUCACCUCUUUAAGAGAGUCAUAGCAUCUGGUUCUCUCUCUCACGAAGAACAAAUGCUUUCUAUUCACUAUUAAGCAUAUUGGAAUGUGAAAAUUUGUCUUUUCCGACUCAAAUAUUAUCUUGGACAAUUAGUGAUGUAAGAAUUUUUGAUAAAAUUUGUCAGAACAUUCAACUUUCCUAUCUAAACUUGACAACACAAUCAUGUCUCUGUAUGGAAAAAAAAUUGAAUACAUUAAUCACUUACAAAUGCCUGAUGCCACUAAAAUGAAAAAAUGCACUUAUCUGAGACAUGACUGCAUUUUUUCGCUUGGGAAGACGAUAGAUGCGGGUGGAGUUUAUACUUAUUUUUAGGUUGUACUCAACUAUGGAUACACGGCACACGAAGACAUUGUAAUUGUACCAGCAGUGCAGCUAUGCUUCUUUGUAGCACUGUGGAAACAUGGGACCUCUCGUGACUAAGUUGCUGAAUGGUAGAAGAGAGUGAAAUAUACAAGUAUGAUUUGAGGAGGAACCACUGACACUUGGUUUCCUGUCUUGUAAUGACAUCAACAUUACUUGCAUCCUGCUGUGCAAUAUUUUUUUUUAUUGACAAUUCUUAGCCAGUUUUAAUAGGUACCCUAUCCACCUUUCACUGUUUAUAUACAGCAAACGAGUUGCACUGUUUAUACCAUUAUUUUUAAAUAAACAGCUGGUACCCUA